GGAAGAUACUUUCUUUGUCCCUGCAAUGGUCAACGACGACAUCACCACCACUGCGUCCGGCGCCGUGCCUGUCCUCCGGAGGUGGAUCCACCAAGCGCUCCUUGCCAAUGGUUACACGACUGUAACCCCUUCCUUGGAUGAUGAUGGAACGUAUGGCAUGUUUCCACCUGUGGAGUAUAUCCUUCAUGACGACGGCGGAACAGCCAUAGCGUCCGUCCUCACGUUGCGCGGCCUUGUUGUCGGCAAAAAGUACAUGCUGCAUUGCGAACAACGCGCCAACAACAGUGAUGAAGCGUCCAUCUCAACGUGGCGCGUGGAUUUCCCUCUGUCGCAAUACAUCCCGACACAAGCGUCGUUGUUCCCUCGGUACCAAGAGUUCGUGCGCUGGCGAGUACGCAACAGCGUCGUGCAGCACGGGUCGUCUGCUGCCCAAGCGCUCUUGUCGUCGUUGCCGACUCUUUGCAUUGCAUCGAUCUUGUCGUUUUUAGACGUGUCCUCGCUCUGUGCGCUUCGAGUUGUCAACAAGACGCUCCAUGAACACGCCACGUCACCGUCGAUAUGGAAACUUCGCGUUCACAUCGAUUUCCCUACCGCCAGCCAUGAUCCCAUCCCGACGUCAUACUUUACUGCCUAUGCCAAUGCCGUCACCAAGAAGAAGCGGGAACAGCGACUCCGCCUUCGAUUAUCGUUGGACAACAUGCUCUGGUUCGAUCGAGAAGCCGGACGUGCGCACGCGCAGCGCAAUCUCGCCCUUCCCCUCGCCCAUAUACCCCGCCUUCCAUUUGAAGCGCCAUCACCGUGACAUGCCACACAGCUUGGUACUUGGAUGGAGCGUAUAUAACGUUAUAUAAAUAUAUAUUAUGAAUAUUUGGUAC